AUGAACAAAACAAACCCAAAGAUAUUGAUGACAUUUAUAAUACUCCUGAUAAGUUUCAUUUUCAUCCUUCAGUUUACAAGUCCAAUUCAAUCAGCUAAUAUUGGACAUUUACAAAAAAGACAAGAUCCGCCACCGGAUAAUCCAAAGCCAGAUAACCCACCACCAAAACCAGAUAACCCACCACCAAAACCAGAUAACCCACCACCAAAGCCAGAUAACCCAGCACCAAAGCCAGAUAAUCCAGCACCAAGUCCUGAUAAGCCAGCACCAAGUCCUGAUAAGCCAGCACCAAGUCCUGAUAAGCCAGCACCAAGCCCUGAUAAGCCAGCACCAAGUCCUGAUAAUCCAGCACCAAGUCCUGAUAAUCCAGCACCAAGUCCUGAUAAUCCAGCACCAAGUCCUGAUAAUCCAGCACCAAAUCCUGAUAAUCCAGCACCAAGUCCUGAUAAUCCAGCACCAAGUCCUGAUAAUCCAGCACCAAAUCCAUCACCAAAUCCAUCACCAAAUCCAUCACCAGAUCCAUCACCAAAUCCACCACAAAAACCCGAUAAUCCAUCACCAAAUCCAUCACCAAAUCCUGCCACUAAUAUAGUUAGCAGUGAUCUAGCAACAGAUACUGUAGUGACUGGUAAAACUACUAAAUCAUAUCCACCUGGACAAGAACCAUGUACAAAAGCUGAUGAUCCAAGAUGUGAACGUAAAACAACAGAAGUGCGUGGUGCCCAAAUCAAGCCGGAUAGAGAUUAUGACGAAAGAUAUUUAGAUAAACGUGUCAAAUCAAGUGGUUGUAAAAUUAGUAAUGAUAACAAUAUCAAAAGACAAAAGACUAAUGAUGACGAAUUUGAGCUUCGUCCAUUUUCUGGUUGGGGUGAUGAAAAUGUAAAAAUAUAUAUUUACAGAACUCUUGUUGAUUUUGAUGGUUCACGUAGCCCAAUUCAAUCAAUCAAUGUUGAAAAUUUAAAAAAAAGACAAGAUCCACCACCAGAAAAACCACCACCGGAUAAACGUAAUUAUCAUUUGUUUAUAAUGUUUUAUGACCAUAAUUAUCAUUUUCCUGAUCCAAAUGCACCAAAACCUGAUCCAAAUGCACCAAAACCUGAUCCAAAUGCACCAAACCCUGAUCCAAAUGCACCAAACCCUGAUCCAAAUGCACCAAAACCUGAUCCAAAUGCACCAAAACCUGAUCCAAAUAAUUCAUCUUCUGCUGCUAAUACAUUUAGUAGUGAUGGACCUAAUACACAGAAUCCAAUAGAUACAAAUACAAAAUCUAGUGAUAGUCCAGUUGUUACUACAGUUGCUACUGAUAACUUAAGUUUAACUAGCUCAACUGGGGUUAAUGUUUAUCCAAAUACCACUGAACCAUGUACAAAAGCCGAUGAUCCAAGAUGUGAACUGGUCAGCACAACAGAAGAGAAUGAAAUAAUCACAGAUCCACCAAAACCUACAAAAACCACAACAUCCCAAUCCCAAUUAGGCUCAAGCCAAAAAAAAUCAACCAUAACACAAUUCAAAACAUACACCACCACAGAAACAUUAUAUUUCCCAGGAUACACCACUUAUACAUCUUCAACAGGGACAAAUGGACAAUUAACAACAUAUGCAACUUACAUUCCACCAAGUACUGUUGUGGUGGUCAAGAAAGUUACCUCAGCAACUAUAGAGGAAAUUCAAGAAAGUAAUCCUGUUUCAGCUGGGCAUCUUGAUCUGGAACUCUCAAUUUAUAAUUUAUACAGCAUUGCUACAUCAUUAUUUGUUAUUACUGAAAAAAUUAAAAUUAAAAGAAACGAUGACAAUCCAUUGCCUCCUGAUGAUGAGAAACCAAAAGUCCCCUUAGUAUACGACUGCUUAGCUUUAGUAUUCAAGCACUUAUCAAACGACAUUAAAACAUUACAUUCAUGCCUUUUACUUAAUAAACACUGUUGCGAGCUGGUUGUUCCGAUAUUGUGGAAGGCGCCUUUUAGCAAUAAUAUGGUCAGCUCGACGAUUAUUGCCUCCUAUUUGAAGUGUUUAUCAAAGCAUGAAACUUCAAAUUUAUCAAGAUAUUACGUUAAAUUACCGGACAAUAAUAAUAGGCCGAUGACUUUUGCUUUUCUGGAUUAUCCGAAACAUUUGGAAGAUUUGAAUAUGAAAAAUUUACAUUUAUCGGUCGAGAAUUGGAUUGAGAAAACUCAGACAAGUAAAUUGUCAAUAAUUGUCUGUCAUAGACACACAAAAUUGAUAAUUCGUACAAUAUGUAGGAUGAUCUUGGUUAAAAGUAAAAAAUUUAAAUCUAUUAAAUUGGAUUGGAAUUAUCCGAGAAGAAAAUCUAGAGAAAAAUUAAAGUUUCUACACUGCAAAAAUUCGGCAAUUUUCCUAUCACAAUUAAAAGAAUUAUCGAUCAGUUACGUUCCAAAAAAGGGUGACUUGUUAAUGGAUCUGGCAAAACAUUCGACUAAUCUACGAAGACUAGAAUUGAUCGAUAACACAUUUAAUACAUCUAAUCGUAAUGGGUCGAUUAGUGAAUUAAUUAAAAAACAAAAAAAUCUGGAAUAUUUAAAAAUCUUUUCGUAUGGUACAUCACUAACGGACCAAAUUUCUGCAUUAAAAUGUUCAUUCAAAACUUUAAAAAGUUUUGAAUUAAUUUAUGCAAAAUUCACCACAAUCACCUCGGAAUUCAAUCAUUUGUCAAAAUGUAGUAAUUUGGAAAUAUUGAUCUUGGAUCAUUGUGAAUUUUCGGACGAGGGAAUUAUACAACCUCUAAGAAACCUUUCCAAAUUAACAAAACUGCAUAUAAAAAAUUCUUUCCGAGGCCUAUUUGAAAUAUUUAUGGAUUUAUUAAAUUCAAAUUCCAAAACAUUAAAAGAUAUUUACUAUGUCGACGAUCAGAUAAGAAGAGACAUAUUCAUCGACGAACGAUUGUAUAAAACGUUAUGUUCAAAAUACAAAAAUACUCUAAAUCGCAUUUCACUUCCUUAUAAACACGAUUCCGACACGAAAAGAUUGUUAAUUAAUUUUUUAAAUAAUAAUUCUGAAAAUCUAAUCAGCUUGAAAUUGUUCGGAUCAUACAAGUAUACUCGAGAGUUUAGUGAUUUUAUGCCACAGCUAUUCAAUAUUUUGCCACCAAGAUUGCGAAAUAUUAGCUUAGAUAUGGAAUGGGGGAAAAGAGAUGCUGUUAUUCUUGAAUCAACAAUUAAAUUUUCAAGAAUUUGUUCGUGA